GUCCGCCACCACUGUCUUGCAGGGGAUGUUCGUAUGACCCCAAGGACGUGCAUCUGACAGUCAAUUGGCCCGCUACUGUGAUUCAGAAAGAUCACCUCCUGACACGCCUAAUACCUCUAAUACCUCGGUAUCAAGUCCUUCGCAUCUGGUUUGUGCGCAACGCACGCGCCCGGGCCGCUGCUCUCAUUCAGCCCAGUGUGGUCCUCCGAGUACUCAACGCCUAGUGUCUUUGCUGUUGUCAAGGGUGUAUGUGACGCGAAACUACGACCCGGCAGAAUAUCGCGUAGGCUGGCCACGGGUGAACGACGCCGCGUCAUUCUCCGCUAAGGUUCAAGUUCGCCGGAACAUCUCGAAGGUGUAUUGGUUCGCGCACUGAUGCAUGGCCUUUUUCUUUCACCGGCUCCGUAUAGGUGCUGGCAUAACUGACUUCUUCUACAAUUGGGGAGGGGAUGGGCUGGCGUUGGCACCUGAGGUUGAGCACAGCCUGAAGAUGCCUUAUAUCAGGCGGUGGAGCCUACAAUUUGAUGCGUCCGGUACCUUCUUCCUCAAGGAGGCAGCUCGCCAUGGUGUCCCGGCCAUCACAUAGCCCGAUGACCAACAACAGCGAGAAUUGCGGAGGCACUCUCAUAACAGAGUGACACCCGUCUACGCCCGAUACCUGACUGAUGUGAUCGGCUAUUGGAAGACACAAGGUGUCGAGAUCACGGAUGUCUCGCCCAUGAAGUGAGGAUCUGUGUUGACCCGCCUCUGUACUUCCCGUUGAUCCAUUCUCUUUCCAAGCAAGCCUGAAGACAACCUCGAGGAUGGCGACCCUGCCACACUUUGUGGACAAGAAGGCAUGUAGGUUGUUUCAGAACAGCGAACAGUGCUGGUGAUAGCCCUUGCCGCGACUCUGAAGGCGGUAGGACUGCACCGAG